AUGGCCGAGGAGCGGACCGGGGUCUGGUUCGGCUUCGGCUUCUGCGGCUUCGGACAGGCUCUGGGCUCUGGGCGCCGGCGCCAGGUGCACAGCCCCGAGCCGCUGGGGGCGCCGGGCGCGGGCGUCGACAUCUGCCGCGUGAGCGCAAGCUGGAGCUACACCGCCUUCUUGAGCCGUGGAGGCCGCGCCGAGCUCUCGGGCUCGGCGAGCGGCGCGGUUGGCGGCUGCAGGGACGCGUGGGCCUCGGAGGCGCUCCUCGUGGUGCUGCGCGCGGGGCCUGGACCCGGGGCGGAGCUGCAGGUCUGGUCGCCUGGCUCGGCACUGUGCGGGAAGCCCCUCUGGGCCCAGACCGUGGUGCCGGAGGCCGCGGGGGAACUCGGACCGGGCGGUGAGGCCCAGGCCGGGGUGCUGCCCCUGCUGCCCGGCGCCUGCGCGUACGUGAGCCCUCGCCCGCCCUUCUGCCGGCCUCUGGCCCCGGAGCUGCGAGCACGCCGGCUGGAGCUGGGUACCGAGCACGCAUUACUGCUGGAUGCCGCAGGCCAGGUGUUCUCCUGGGGCAGCGGCAGGCAUGGACAGUUGGGCCAUGGGACCCUGGAGGCAGUGCUGGAGCCAAGGCUCUUGGAGGUGCUGCAGGGCCUGCCCAUGGCCGAGGUGGCUGCGGGCGGCUGGCACUCUGUGUGCGUGAGUGAGACUGGGGAUAUUUAUACUUGGGGCUGGAAUGAAUCAGGGCAGCUGGCCCUGCCCUCCAGAAGCCUGGCAGAGGAAGGGAGGACAGUCACAAAGGAAGCCACUGGGCUGACUGUGGAUGGUUCUGAAGUGAAGGGAGCAGCUGAGGGUGAGGAUGGAGCCCCUGCCCCCUUCAUCGCUGUCCAGCCUUUCCCGGCUUUACUGGAUCUCCCUUUGGACUCAGAUGCAGUCAAGGCCAGCUGUGGGUCCCGGCACACGGCUGUGGUGACACGAACGGGGGAGCUGUACACCUGGGGCUGGGGUAAAUAUGGACAGCUUGGCCAUAAGGACACGACCAGCUUGGAUCGACCCCACCGCGUGGAAUACUUUGUAGAUAACCAGCUUCAAGUAAAGGCUGUGACCUGUGGCCCCUGGAACACUUAUGUGUAUGCUGUGGAGAAAGGGAAGAGCUGACUAAGCCUGUGUCCAGGUGGUUGAACAAAAAAGGCUAACCCUAAAUUAACCCAAAAACAAGUUGGAGUGAACACAUACACACACAUAUAGUUAUAAAAUAUAUAUAAAGUACAUAAAAUACAUGUACAGUUUAUUAAAUAUAAGGUGAAUACCUGUGAAACCCACACAGGUCAAAGUAAAGACAUUCCAGUACUCCAAAGUUCCCCUCAUUUGCCCCUCCCCAUCACAUUUUUCUCCCCUUGUCUUAGAGCAUUGUCCUUAACUUUGCACAUCAGAAACACCCUGGACAGCUUUGAAGAAUCUGAUGCUGAAGGUCAGCAUCCCAGAGACAAUGAAAUCAGAACCUCUGGGUGUGGAACCUGGACAUUGGUAGGUUUUAAAGCUCCCCUCCCACCUCAGGGGAUUUUGAUGUACAGCCAAGAUUAGGCACCACUAGAGGUCAUCUUUCUUUCAUUGUUCACUUCCCUAUUUUAAUUUAUAAUUUUAUCACCUUUUUAUGUAUCCUUACACAAUAUGGUUUAGUUUCUCUGCUUCUGAACUUUAGGUAAAUGGAAUCAUUCCGUGUAUGUUCUUUUGUGUCUUGUUUCUUUCAGCCAACAUUGUUAAGACCCAUCCAUGUUGUGUGCUGCUUUGAUUACUAUAGAUUUAUAGCAUGUGGGAUGGCAUACUUAAAGUGCUGACAGAAAAAAAAAAGACAAAAAAAACUAUCAACCAAGAAUUCUGUAUCUGUCAAAUCUGUCCUUCAACAAUGCAGGAGAAAUUAAGACAUUCCCAGAUAAACAAAAACUGAGGGAGUUCAUCACUAGUAGACUUGCCCUACAAGAAAUGCUAAAAGGGAGCCCUCUAGGCUAAACUGAAAGGACACUAGACUUGAAGCCGUACGAAGAAAUAAAGAAUAAUGGUAAAAUAACACAGCUUUAAAGAGCCAGUCGGUCAAAGAAGAAAUCAGAGAACUCUUAGAAGAAAACGUAGGGAUAAAUCUUCAUAACCUUGGAUUUGGGAAAGGAUACUUAAGAUAUGGCAAAAGAAAAACAUAGAUAAAUUGGACGUCAUCCAAAAUAACUUAAAAGUACAAAGUUGGAAGACUUUACCCAAUUUUAAGAAUUAUUAUAAAUGUACAGUAACCAGUAUAGUAUGGUAAUGGCAUAAGGAUAGACAGACAAAUGAAACAGGAAAGAAUCCAGCAAUAAGCCCACACACAUACAUUGGCAACUGAUUUUUGACAAAGGUGCAAAAGGCAAUGCAGUUGAGAAGGGAUACCCUUUUCAACUAAUGGUGCUGGACAACUGGCUAUCUAUAUGCGAGAAGAAUGAACUUAAAGCUACACUGUGAGUGCCACAUACAUACACACGAUGGCUAGAUAUAAAUAUGAAACCUGAAAGUAUAAAACUUCUAACUUCUGCUCUUCAAAAGACACUGUAAAGAGAAUGAAAGGACAAGCCACAGACUGGAAGAAAAUC